UGAUCAUCAGGGGCGUACGCGUACUGGCAAGGCUCUCAUAUAUCCACUUUAUCCUCGCUUGCUUAUAUCUAGGCUAACGAAACAGAAGACUUAGCCUUGUGUCGCAUGGAUGGUGUGUCGUUGUGUGCAACGGCGAUUGUGGGAUAGGCCAGAACAUACUAGUGACGCCGGCAUCGAAUUCACGUGGAUAAAGAAAGAAUACGAUAAAACAAACUUGUGCUGAUCCAUAGGCAGGUACGCAGAUCUCCACGGAGAAGGACGCAGGGAUCAGUGCGGACGACGACCCGAAAUCGUGUAGAUAACCAGCGUCCUCCGGGACUGACCAGGCGGCGAUGGCGGGCGUCGACAUCGAGGUGGCGCCAAUGCGGAGCCUGGAUGACUUCUUGGCCAACUCGGCGCGUUUCCAGAUCCCCAACUACCGCGACCCGGACAGGUGGGCGUACCGGGUCAUGCAGAACCUGCUCUACUACCAGACCAACUACUUCUUCUCAGCGGUGCUCAUCUUUCUGCUAGUCGGGAUGCUGCACCCGCACAAGUUCCUGUGCGGCAUGCUCGCCCUGGCCGUCGUGUUCGCCAUCUUCUACUACAUUACAAACAAGCAGGCGGUGGCGUCCCACUUCAAGCGGGAUCACCCGCUGCUCAGCCUGACGCUGAUCUUCUCCGGAGGCUACUUCAUCGUCUACAUGCUCGGAUCGGUUCUGGUCUUCUUGUUCGGCAUCUGUUUGCCGUUGCUGGCGGUGCUCGUUCACGCGUCCAUGCGGUUGCGGAACAUGCGCAACAAGCUGAUGAACAAGAUGGAGGCUGCUGGACUCAAGAGGACGCCGAUGGGUCUUUUUCUUGACGAGCUUGGGGUGGACAGUGACAAAAUCGUCUUCUGAGCAGGCUCGCAGCUGGCUUGUGGUCUGGGUGCUGUCUGCUAUCGAUGCUUGCUUAGUCACUUGCCAGAGCGUAUGGGUAGAAAUAGAACGGUAUGUCAAUUGUGUGCUGUGAUUGCACCCAUAUUUCCCUGUUUACCGCAGCUUUCAAGAUUAGCGUGUAGAAUUCAAAAUCUCUUCUCUCUGAGCACCUUGCUUAUCUACGACCAGCCCAGAACUUAUAGUUGAGCUGCUUCCGCGCUCGUGAGAGCUGAGUCUUGGUGUAUUAGUAUGUUAUAUGAGGCCAGUGCAUGCAGUUUUCGGUGCGAUUAGCUCGAAGCUUUGACAGUUAAGCCGUUGGUCAAGGUGCAAAUUAUGAUAUCAUUCCAGCUGAUGGUUACGUUAUUUUUCGUGUGCUGUGAUAUUUCUUUGCGUGAAGCCAUUGGAAAUAUGGUGUGUUUGUCUUUGGAAAUGUUUGGCGGUCCAUCCGCAGUUUUAUUUAAUGUAUCCCUCUUUGUGUUUGUAACCGUCAGCCGCAUAAUGAAAUAUCAGGGAACGUGCAUGA